AUUCAGUUGCAAAGCAAUCGCGACCAAGAGAGACAGAACGAGAGACCCCGAUCCAGUUUCCCCAUUACAAUCCUUGCCCAUACAACACCAAAAUAAGGAGCGAUAGAGAGAGACAAUAAACCCCUGAACAAUAAUCUCGGAAUACCCUAGCGAACCAAGUGAGCCUAGGCUGGUCCCAGUCGAGAAGGAGUGUGUGACGUAAAGCAGCGAUCCAAACAAGUAUCAGCUGUGUGGCAGUCAUUGUUCGUUUCGGGAUAUAUUUUUUUUCCCUUCUGGCAGUAGUACAAGAAUAAUAAAUCAUUCAACUUUCCAUUAUUUUUACUGUAUCAUCCCCCCCUUCCAUGCUGAGAGCCGAUAAAUAAUCGAUAUAAAGAAAAUAAAUCAUCGAAUUGUUGUUUUUUUCCUUUUUUCUUUUGUUAAUUAAUUUCAUUGAAAUAACGGUGUUAUGUUCAAGGAUAAAGGAGAGGAGGGGAAAAAAAAGGGAAAAUACAAUCGGCGGUGAGAAAAUUCGGUGACGGGGGGGGGAGAGGUGUCUCCCGUGGACAGAAAGUGACGCAGAAAUUGCAUAAUAAAAUAAGGAAAAUUUGUCGAAUUGGAGAAAAUAUUUUGAGCGUGGGACUUGAGGGAGGGGAAGUGGACAUUUUCUUUUUUUUUUUUUUUCAUUUACGUGUGGGGAAACAACCGUGGAUUGAGGAGUUGGAAUCGAGUCUGGGAAUAAUUUUUUUAGUGCUGGAGAGAAAUACGGAUUCUGGUGAUCGGUGGAUUUAAGAAGGUUUGACCCAACGCUUUGGUGAAAAAUAAUCGUGUGAAAAACGGGGCGGUACGCGCAUAAGCCUGGCCUCGAGCGGCGAGUCGGACGACGGUGGGCUCGCUCCGCCACCGCGCAAAAGGUCCCGUAGUUCAAUCUCAACUACCCCAAGACCAGCGGACGAGUACCACAACAGCGCAAACAUGGAUAAUUAUCGUAUGAUGCAGCAAGCCACAAAUGGGGCGCCAGUAACAGGACCACAGCAGAAUGGUUCAACACCAGACACUGGUGGUUCCCAUGCCAAUGGCAAUACAUCACCACGAUGCGAUGGUGAUAUCAAUGGUGUCAAUGGUGAGAGCCAAGCACUGGGGCCACCAAAGAUUAUGGAUAAGACUAAUCAGGACAUUGUGCGUCUCAUCGGACAGCAUUUGAAGGCGGUUGGACUUGACCGCACAGCUGAUUUACUCAUGCAGGAGUCUGGCUGCCGUCUGGAUCAUCCAGCAGCUGCUAAAUUCCGCCAGCACGUGAUGGAUGGUGAUUGGAAUAAAGCAGAUCAUGAUCUCAAUGAGCUUAAGCCAUUUCUCAAUAAUCCUAAUCAGAGUCUAGUUGAGAUGAAGUUUUUGCUGUUGGAGCAGAAAUAUCUCGAAUUUCUUGAGGAGGGUCUCGUGUUGGAUGCCCUGCAGGUGCUGAGAAAUGAGCUGACACCCCUGGGACACAAUACAGGACGGGUUCAUCAGUUGUCUGCAUUUAUGAUGUGCAGUGGAAGAGAUGAACUACAGACACGUGCAGGAUGGGAUGGCAAGGGUUCUGCCUCUCGAGCCGCCCUGAUGGAUAGACUCCAGAAGUAUCUUCCCCCCUCUAUUAUGCUACCACCACGACGCCUUCAAUCACUGCUGAGUCAGGCUGUUGAGAUGCAGAAUCAACAGUGCACCUAUCACAUUUCUCCUAAUCAGGCGACACUGGAGAGUGUCUCACUGCUGGUGGAUCAUAAUUGUGGAAAAGAGCAUUUUCCCUGUCACACAACUCAAGUGCUCAAUGAUCACUGCGAUGAGGUGUGGUACUGUAAAUUUUCACCCGAUGGCCUGAAACUAGCCACUGGCUCUAAGGACAUGACCAUCAUCAUCUGGGACGUUGAUCCUGAAACGUUGAGGGUCACUCACAGAAAAACACUGGAGGGGCACACAUUUGGUGUGGCUUUCAUCACUUGGAGCCCUGAUAGCAGUCAUCUCAUUGCUUGUGGCCCUGAGGAUUGUCCGGAACUGUGGGUUUACAGCGUCAAUUCUCGUGAUUGCGAUCUGAGGAUCAAAUUCACGCAGAGCACUGAGGACUCACUCACUGCUUGUGCCUGGCACAGAGAUGCCAAGAAAUUUGUCACUGGGGGAAUCCGAGGACAGUUUUAUCAAUGUGAUUUGGACGGAAACAUCGUUGACUCUUGGGAAGGAGUUCGAGUGAAGAGCCUAUGGUGCAGAAGUGAUGGGAAAACAGUACUAGCUGCUGAUACUCAUCAUCGUAUUCGUAGCUACAACUUCGAAGAAUUGGCAGAUUUCACGAUGUUGCAAGAGGACCACGCAGUAAUAUCCUUCAGUGUGAACAAAGCCGAUCGCCUGGUUCUGCUGAACAUAGCGAAUCAGGGAGUCCACAUGUGGGAUCUACAGGACAGAUGCCUUGUGAGACGCUUCCAAGGGGUCACCCAGGGGCACUUCACCAUUCACAGUUGUUUUGGGGGAAUAAAUCAGGACUUCAUAGCGUCUGGAAGUGAAGACAAUAAAGUAUACGUAUGGCACAUCAAACGAGAACUGCCAAUAGCUGUAUUAACUGGACACAGUAGAACUGUCAACUGUGUGUCGUGGAAUCCUGUGUACCAUCAGAUGAUGGCUUCCGUUUCUGAUGACUGCACUGUUAGGAUAUGGGGUCCAAGGGCAUCCUCUCCUGAUAGAGCGGAUACUAAGACUGUAUCACCAGAAAGCAACUCAUCAAACGGCUCUGGCUGGCACGAGAUGGUGUCGUAGCAAAAUACAACCUAGCCAUAACUCCCAUGACCCCAUGGUGUUCAAAAAGACUGUCCGUAUGACCGUCAUGUUGAGUCUCAUCACUCUUGUGCCCACUAACAAAUCUACAAACGAUGAAUAAUCGAGAACGAUAUAACUUGAAGGGAACUAAUAACAAAAUCAAUAACUUAACAGGCAAUGCUGUAGAAAUUGAUGUGAAUUACAUAUGUGCAGAUAAUGUGCAGAUGAAUAAUCCACAAUUCACAAUGUCUGGCUGUCAAUAGCUGAAUUUAUCUCCUUCGAUUUUACCUAGAGUCGAUUUAGGUAAAACAUUCGCUGGACGAUUAACUCUGCGGGUUGUUUUUAUUUUUAUCAUUCUCGUUAACAAAAAAACAACAAAUGAUUUACCCAAUUUGUGGGAUUGAUCAUUGCUAAAUUCAAUUGUCUCGUGAAUUAUUAUUUUUGUGAGAUGAACGUUAAUAUGGGUAAAUCCGUUCCAAGGCGUUAUAAUAACUCUGAACUCAUCGAGUUUAACGUCUUACGAUAAAUCGAAUUCGAAGUGCAUAAUAACGAUUAAAUAACGAUUUUAAUAGAUAAAGAUUACAUAGGGUAGAUGGAGGAGAUGAUUGAGUAGAUAAUCGAGGUAUGAUUACUAGGAUUGGAGUUUAUGGUAAGAAUGAUUUAUAAUUUUCAUCGAGUUAAGGAGAAAUGAUUUUUUGUUUGCUUUUGUUGUUGGGUGGAAUGAGUUUUGCAAUUUUUGGUCGAUCCUGGUGGGAUAAGUAGUUAGAGAGGGGGUAUUGGCUGUGGAGCGAAUCUUUUAAAAAAAAAUUGAAAGGGUAGAGGAGAAGAGCGAAAUUUUCACGAUUAGUUGAUUUGUUUAAUUGUUCUUUUUUCGAAGUUAUUCUUUAUUAUGAGAUAAAUUCCUGGAGGGGUUUGUGCAGUCCUCAUUUUGAAGAUCGUGAGGAACCAUGUUCUUUGGUUCCACUCAAUAACAAAGUUUUUGAGGUCAUAAGCAGAGCUUUGUGGGAAGUGGGGAAACAUAAUUUUUUUCUACUCAUUUUUUAAUAUCUCGUGAGAUAUGAGUUGGAUGACACUAAUUUCCACGAAAAGUUUUUCAUUCCUUUCGGAUUCAGGGAGACUCAUCAUAUAUUAAAAAAGACUUCAGUGUUUGAAAAAUAUGUCUAAAUCCAAAAAAGAACAAUAUUUUUCUGAGAUAUUUUAAAAUUGAAGAGAGACAAAAAAUGUUCACAACAACUUUCCAUUUUUUCCUUAUAUUUGGAGAUAUUCAUAAAAAACUAAAGUUUAAAAAUCCGGAAAGUCAUUGCAAUUUUCAUUUUGAAGUAUAUAAGCGUCUGUUUAAAAUCCCAACAUCGAGAGAACAUCACGGAAUGUUUGUGGAGGUUUGGUCUCCCCAUGAUAAACGCUCACGAAAUUUUCAACCUCUCCCUUAGAAAAAAUACUUUGAAAAUCUAAUGUCAACAUAAUAUUGAACUAAAAAGUUUCUCCACUUCCCAAUGAAUAAUCAUCCAAUAUAAUUUGAAGGAGGAGAGCAUCUUCGAUUUUUUUUUCGAUUGAAAUUGGUUCAUUUGGUUUGUGCCGAUCACCUGUAACAUCAAAAUUUCGCGAAAAUAAAAAAUUUGUUGCAAUAUGGAACAUUGAAUUCGCACUUUUAAACAAGAAAAAUCUGAUUAAAAGAAUGCAUUAAAUAAAUUUCUAUGCAAAAUUAAAGUGUAAUUAUUCGGUCGUCGACUUAAGAGUGUAGAUUUUAUUUUUUAAUUUAGAACGUAGGAAAAUUUUAUAACGAAAAAAAAAAACGGUAAUCGCAAAACUUAGUGUUUUAAAAAACGGUAAAUAAUGAAUAAAAUUGCAUGCGUUACCCUUUAUUAAUGAUUAAUUAACUGCCAGCGUAUUUCUAUGAAAUAAGAGACGAAUUAUCAUUUAUCGUCGAUUGUUUACGAAUAACAAGAAAACACGAUGAGUUUAUUAUCAGUGGGGCAGACACCACUUAUUAAUUAUUGUAAGAAUUAUCGAAAUGAUCUUGAAGAUGUUUUCAUACGUGAAGUCUAAUUUAAAUUACAAAGAGCGAAAAAUAAAUAUUGCAAAUAUGCAAGAGAAUAUUAUUGAUAUAUUAAUUGAUAUAUCGAAAGAUGAGUGGAGUACAUGUACAGAUGAGUUUUCAAUAAAUUACACUAGAAAGCACA